AUGUGGGCCGUGAAGAGAUACAAGCAGGUGGAGUGGGUGGGCAUGGGCCGAAGGGGACAGGGUGGGCGCGGAGGAAAGAGGAGAUGCGUAGGGCUGAGCGCAGGAGCAGGGAGAGGAGCAGCAGAGGGAGCAGACGAGGAGUCACAAGAGGGGCUGGAGCAGGGGCAGCAGGGAGGACAGGGGCAAGGGCAGCAGGAGGGACAGGGGCAAAGGCAGGGGCAAGCGCAGGGCGAAGCGCAAGGGGAGCAGGGGCUGUCAUUCCUGGAGGAGGUUGGUGUGGUGGCGAGGGCACAGCACAAGAGCGUGGUGCGCAUCCUGGGCGCGUGCCACGAAGGGCUAGAGCACCUAGUAGUCUACGAGCACCUGCCCCCGCGCUCCUCCCUCUUCCACCGCUUGCACCGGUGCCGCGACGACGUGCUGUCUCUGGAGCAGCGGCUGAGGGUGGCAGUGGAGGUGGCCGAGGGGCUGUGCUUCCUGCACUCGCAGCGCCCACCCAUCGUGCACCGGAAUCUGAAGCCCGGGAAUAUCAUGGUGUCAACGUCAGGGAUGCAGGCGAAGCUGGCGGAUCUGUGCUUUGCGCGGCUGUCCAGUGAGCGGCGCGGCAGCGUGGUGCCGAGGAGGGCGCAGGAAGAGGGGUAUGUGGACCCGGAGGUGGUGCUCAUGCCGCACCAGGCGCCGCACACCAAGUCAGACGUCUUCAGCUAUGGUGUGGUGCUACUGGAGCUGCUGACGGGGCGGCUGGCCAUCAUGCCUGACCAGGACGACCCCCACCAGCGCCUCAACAUCACAGACUGGGCCGUCCAUUACAUCAAGGAGCGCGAGGUGCAUCUGAUCACAGACCCACGCAUCGCCAUCCCAGCGCACCUACAGGCCUUCCAAGCACUGGGAGAGCUGGCAGUAGACUGUGUCAAGAUGCCGUCCCUGCGCCGCCCCAGCAUGCCCACCGUGCUGCGCCGUCUGCUAGUGAUAAUCAAGCGCCGCUUCAGCCUGCGGGGGACCCCGCCUCCCGAUCCCACCUUCAGCGGGUUCUAUGCCGAUGUGGCAGGUGAUGCAACAGGUGCUGCAGGGGGUGCUGCUGCUGGCGGUGCUGCUGCUGCGGCAGCUGCGGCGGCGGCAGCGGCAGCGGGGGGGUGUUUUUUCAGUGGGGAGAUGCUGAACAGCCAGGAUUUAAACGAGGCCUUUUUUAGUGGGGAGAUGAGCGGGGAUCUGAGCGGUGACUAUGUGAGCAGCCAAGCGCACGCCUUUGCUAGUGCUGCUGGUAGCGGCAGCGAAGGUAGGAGUGGUAGUUUCGGCACGGGUGGUGGUUCUGGUGCCCCGAUUCCCGGUCUGUCCGGCGAAUUGGUGAGCAGGAGUGGGCUGAAGAGAGGUAACAGGGCAGCGGAAGGGAGUGGUACUGUUGCUGCAGGAUCAGCUAUAAGUGAGGGGGACGAGGGCGACGGGGUUGGGAGCAGAAGCAGAGGGAGCCGCGGAACAGGGAGUGUUGGAGGCAGUAGUAGCAAGUCUGGCGCUGGUGAUGGUGUUGGUGGGGGAGGAGGAGGAGGAGCAGUGCUGGUCUCUCUUCCUGAGGGUUCGGGUAAAGCAGACAGAUCUAGCCACAUGGGUAGUGGGGAGGGUGGGGAGGGUGUGGAGAGUGGGACGUUGGCACCUGACCCUGAGUGUGUGGCUCUGGUGGGAAGAGACGAGGCAGGACAACGUUCUGAGGAGUUGCGCUCAGGGGACCUGGGCAGUGGGGUGAGCAACAGUGGGGAGAUUCCUUUUAGCUUUGGCAUGAGCGGACUGCAUGGUGGGAAAGAAGGCUUGAAGUAA